AUGACGGAUCCAAACUCUGCCUGUCUUGACCUUAAACGUGUGACUGAACACUUUUCUCAAGCACUCAUUGGGGAUGAUAUAGCAACUCAAUUUUACUGUGAAGGUUUUAAGGAACUGUCCAGCCUCUUAGACUACCUUGGUCACAUCAUGCAUUUUGUGUUGCGGGAUGUCGAUCAGAAAUUGGGUGCUUUAAACGAUUUACGUGACGCGUCUAAGCAUCCCACCGAUUUUUGUGAACACUUUACGACUGUGCGGAAAAUGUGUGAUUUCGAAGCUGGUCAGUAUGAAAACAAUCGCCCAAAGUCCGAUGCAAAAUGCACUUUGGGUAGUCGGAACCUACUAAGGCUGCAUCGUGCCUUCCUCUUCGUCAUUGGUCUCUUCGAGAAGGUUUGCAAUGAACCGCCAGAGUUGACGCUGUCGGAGUUGGCGAAGUCAGCGUACGAUGAGAGCCUGGCAACUCACCAUCCCUGGGUCGUACGACAAGCGGUAGCGGUGGCGUUCCAUACGUUGCCAUACCGCCACACUUUUGUUGACACCAUUGUAGCCAACCAGCCGGCAGGUGGAGAGUUGAAAGAUGAGGCAUCCUGUCGUGAGUACCUUGUUGGGGUCUCACUACCCACAUUUCGCAAGGUCUACCAACUCACUCAAGAUAUCUACGCGAAAUUCGACAUGCUGAAUUUGCCCUAA